UGAUUUUGCAUUUCUGGGGAGAGAACUGUAAGUAAACAAUACAGUUGUCUCCCGUCAGCUUCUGCAUACUGCUAUGCGUGGCUUUGCAAAGCAGAGCCACGCAUAGCAGUGUGCUUACAGUGAAGCACACAUACAGCCCCCAGUAAAACCGCACACAGUUAACUCUUUGAUCGAUCCACAUGUUAACCCCUUCCUGCCCAGUGCCAUUACUACAGUGUCGGUGCUUUUUAUCAGCACUGAUCACUGUAUUGGUGUCACUGGGGAUGUCAGUGACACCAAGUCAGUUAUCCCCAGUGUCAGAAUUCCCGCCGCAGUCCUGCUAU